UAUGCCGAUAUAUUUGGUGAAUUUGAGUAAAUUAUUUUAGAUGUAAAGAUAGGGUAGAUUUAUUUAUAAUCUUUUAAGAAAUGAGUAUCAAAUUGUUAUCACUUUGGAUUAACUAGUUGAAUUAUAAAUCUGGAAAGGUAAACCGAAUAUUUUCUUUGGAACUCCCUUUUCUACUCAAUUUUGACAUACCAAAAAUGGGAGAUCAGUUAACAAAACUAGCUCCAUACAGAAACCUGAAACUCCAGAUCGAGGACCAGUUUCAAACUGUAACGGCGAUGUCCUGGCACCAAUUGUGCAAUCACAUCAACAUCCUCAAGACCGCAAAGACGCAGUGCAUCCAAAGUGGAGUCGCCGUUGUCUGCCACUUUGCGGGAUUGACCAAGCGCAUUCAACGGGCCCGUCUCGACAUGGACACCCACGACGCGGAUGCCAACUGCGAUGGUCCCGAUCUGGAUUUCGUGUACUCCGACGUGGAUGGCUACCAGAACGAGAUUGCCGAGCUCUACAGCUACACGGAGUUCAGUGAGUUCCAGAUGAAUGUGAAGGCCUUCGAGGAUCAGAUGGAGCUUUAUGAUCUGCCGCCCAACUGGCAAAAACAGGACUCGGCCUCGCAGCGCGGAAUAGUGAUGAAGCUGGUGGACCAACUGGAGGUCUCCGAUCGAACCUUUCGCAUGCAGGCCGCCCGUUGCAUCCUGUACCUGGCCCAGGGAUGCUGGGCUGAGGUUCAGUCGGACGAGGAGCAGCACCAGAUCACCAGGGAUAAUGUCUUGGUGCUUCACCAACUCGGCGUCUUUGCCUCCUUCAUCGACCUGCUCAACAUGGAGAUCGAGAGCGCCUGUUCCCCGGACAUCGUGGCGGUUAAGAUCACCAAUGUUACCCUAGUAGACUCCACGGACAUCCGGGUCAUCCUGUCCGUGCUGUACAUCAUAACAGAGACCGUUCGGGAUGAGCGGGAUCGCGGCAGCGAGGACUACAAGGAACUGGCCGAGUCUUUUGUCCAGGAAAUCAAUUCCCCACUGCCAGAUGGCGAACUCCUGGCCGUUAAGCUGCUGGGCAUGAUCACAAGGUUUUGCAGCGGCGCAGCCCCGCAGUUUCCCAUGAAGAAGGUGGUUCUACUGCUCUGGAAGGUCUCACUUCUGGGACUUGGGGGUAUGGAUGUGCUCAAGAAUCUCAAGAACGAGUACCGGCAGAAGGUAGGUCUGGAACCCAUCACAGAGGACACACUGGAGGUAACCAAGUGCAUGAGGGCCAGUUCACCACCCGCCACGGCCACUGAUAUACUUGAGAAUCAGUAUCCCAAAAGGAACUUCAAACGCUCCCUGAUGAAGCAGCGCUUCCUGGACGAACCGGAGCAGAUCGACAUGGAGAUGAGCGGCAAUGAGGGCCAGGGCAAUGCCAACAAUGGCGGUGGCAAUGGCGGAAAUGGAGAGGAGGAGCUCUCCCAGUACUACCGGCCGUAUGACGAUCCCUCUUCAUCCGCCUCCACCACCUCGACGGCCAAUCCCAACAACCAGCCCAGCCUGACACAGCCCCCCGCUGCUGUGCCUCCAGUGCAGAUCACGGCCCGCCUGCCCUGGACGCCCAAGGUGCGGCAGAAGGACAUCGAUCAGUUCCUGGACAUUUCAAGAAACAAGUUCAUUGGGUAUUCACUGAUUGGGGACCAUAAAAGUCUGGCUGGACUGCCGCAACCCAUUCACGAAGGCUUCAAGACGCUGCAACGACACAUGUACAUGAGUCUAGCGGAUGUGCAGAUCAAGAAGGAGGAGGAUAUUGCCAGGAAUCCCAUAUCCACGCACGAGGACGAGAUUAAGCUGACGCCGGCGGAAGUUCUGUACCAGGCCAUACUGCCCAACCUGCCGCAGUACAUGAUCGCCCUGCUGAAGGUCCUGCUAGCGGCCUCGCCCACUUCCAAGUCCAAGACGGAGAGCAUCAACAUAUUGGCCGAUGUGCUACCCAAGAAGUCGCCCCUGACCCCCACGCAAACCACUAAGCUCAACGUCGACACGGGACGGCACAGGGAGAUCAUUGUAAAGGCCGUCUCGGCCAUCAUCCUGCUCUACUUGAAGCACUUCAAGAUUAACCAUGUCUACCAGUUCGAGUUCAUGUCCCAGCACCUGGUCUUUGCCAACUGCAUCCCGUUGGUGCUGAAGUUCUUCAACCAGACAAUCACGGAGUACGUGAACACCAAGAACUCCAUUCCUCUGCUCGAUUUCCCGUCUUGUGUGAUUGGCGAACAGCCGGAUUUGAGUGGGGACAGCUUUGUGUACGGUGGAGAGAUGUCGGAUAAGCCGUACUCCUGGCGCAACGUGUUCUCCUGCAUCAACCUGCUGCGCAUUCUCAACAAACUGAUUAAGUGGAAGCACUCGCGAGUAAUGAUGCUGGUGGUCUUUAAGUCGGCACCGAUUUUGAAGAAGACCUUAAAAGUACGCCAUGCCAUGAUGCAACUGUAUGUGCUGAAGCUGCUCAAGAUGCAGACCAAGUACUUGGGCCGCCAGUGGCGCAAGUCUAACAUGAAGACCAUGAGUGCAAUUUACGCCAAGGUGCGGCAUCGCUUAAACGACGACUGGGCCUUUGGCAACGACCUGGAGUCGCGGCCUUGGGACUUCCAGGCGGAGGAGUGCACGCUGCGGGCCUGCGUGGAUCGGUUCAACCUUCGGCGCUAUCCGGAGGCCACCCAGAAGUGUGGUAACAACGGCACGGCUGCUCAGAAUGCAGAGAACGCCCAGCAAUCCAACAUGAUGGCGGGCAACAAUGGAUGUGGCAAUAACGGGGAGGCCAACGGCUAUGGAAACAACGGGGGCGGCGGCAAUGGCGGUCACAAUCAGCAGCAGCAGCAGCUCAACGAUUAUGGUGUAGAGGGUGGCUUUCCCAGCGACGAGAUCCUCACGCACUCCGAUUUUGCCUUCUUUGGCCACUCGGGCUGGUGGGACCGCAAGGUAGAGCUGACGGACUACUUCAAGGCCAACUACGCGGUGUGGCUGGAGGAGGAGGUCUACAACAGUCAGACCGACUGGGACGCCCUCUAGGAAGAGCAGCCAUGGCUGCUCUGCAAGCCUUAAUGCAGCCUCCUGAGGAUCAUCAUACGCAUCAUAUAAGCAAAAAGUUAUUACCUUAAUUGUAAGCAUAAAGAAGUACAUUGAUAUAAUCCAUGUAGCCAGACCACGAUUGGAACACCAACUACUCACUGAAUUGGCAAUAAAUUGGCAAGCCAAGGGACUCCGCUCCGCUCCACUUCACUAACUAGAAUACGCGAAAUACCCCAUAGCGAUGACAAGCCUGUAUAUUUACCGAUUAUUGAUUGUAUUUUAUAAUUUAUAUAUUUAUUAUUUGUCCUGUUCCACAAGCCCCUUUCAUCCGGAUUGCGGCAGUUGGCUUCUGUAGCGGAGAAUAAACAAAUUAACUAGUUCGAAAA